UUAAGGUGUUAUGAUUAUAAAACGGAAUUGGAAGUAAUAAAUAAUACCAUUUAUUUUUAUAUUUACAUUAGACCUAUUAUAAUUAUUUUGUGUCAUCAAUAUGACACAUUUAUUACAUCCAAGUUGUUAAGUUCUAGUUAUUUACAGGCAACAAUAGUUUUGAUUAUAUGUAUUGAAGUACUACCAUGACGAGUCUUAUAGCCAGAGCUUAUAGCACAAUACAUAUCAAUGAGAUAGAGGCUGGUACAUUCAUCCUGAUCUGCACUGAAAAAGUAGUGUUAUAACAUGGUUACAAGUUACAACCAAGAAAACUGUGUAAAUAAUUCACAUGGGAAAUUGUAUUGGAAUUAAUUUUAAGGCAAUUUGAACAUAGUCAAGGUUUUUUAUGAGAAUAUUACUUGAUAUUGCAGGAGAUUUACAAACUCAGUCUUGGAGUCACUGAUUUCUGCAGCUGGCUUGGUUCCUUUCUGUGAUUCCUUUGAUUGUGUUAUUAGAGAAUAAAGAAGAUUGCUUCACUAGAGAAAAUUCACACAAUACCAGAGACCAAUGGUCCAAUAUGAACGAUUCAAUACAUAGGAAUUAUAGAGGGUAGAGGCGUAGGUAGAGUCAUGCGACAAACUAUUGUGCUCACGAAGAUUAGUCCUAGGAUAAAAUUGUAAGCGAAAUUUCAAUAAUCCGCGCAUUCGCCAUAAUCUCCGGAAGUAUUUUUAAUUUAAGCGGACGACAUGAAGCAUUGACAUGCAUAUUGACAUGAAGUUAGAAGGAAGAAGAAACCGUUUUCCUUUUGUGCCUAACCUCACUAUUUCACGUGCAACGUUUCUGAUGGCGUUGGCGCUCGUUUAACAUUUAACGAAUUUUUCACCAAACCCCAACAGAAAACGUCAUGUGUAACGAAUAAGUACAAUUUCUAGAAAAUAUACUUAUCAAAAACUCAAAUGGAUAUCACGAAGAACAGAUUUUACGUUGCGACAACGCGAGGAACAUUACUUUCCACCGGAGAUAAGCCCAAAGAAAUAAAAGCAUGGAACAACGACUUUGCCAGUGAAGUAACAGCGUUCAGCAAUGGAAGAAAUGCAGAAGAAUUGCUUCUGGGUUACCAAAAUGGCCAGGCAAGCAUUUUCAGUAUCAAUAAGUGUACUUUUUCGUCUGUUGGUGGACUGGAAGGCGAUGGAAUCGUUACAGGCAUCGGUCACAUGGGAAAGAGUAUCAUUGUUUCCAAGAAGGAUGGGAUUGUAAACACAUGGAAGAAAAAGAAAAACGAUUAUUUUUCAAUUAAUUUAGAUGAAAAAGGCACUCUGGAUAUCAUGGUCUGUCAUCCGAACAGGGAAAAUGUCAUAGGAACUGGUGGGGAAUAUAAUGAUUUUAAGUUGUGGGACGUUAAUACACAGCAGAGCAUUUUUAAGGCUAAAUCGUUAGGUCAUGAUCAACUUCAACUACCCAUACCAACAUCAGUUAGAGGCAUAUGUUACUUUCCUGAAGAGCCUUAUCUAUCAGCAUGCUGUACAAAGGAAGGCCACGUCUUUUUGUAUGAUGAAAAAGCCCAAAGAAAACCUGUGGUGAAGUUUGAAGAAAAAUUAGCCAGCUAUACCUGUAUUUCUUACAGUUACAGGGAUAGGCAGAUUUUUGUUGGUACAACAAAAGGAUACAUGCAGUGGCUGGAUUUGAGGACAAACAAAUUGUUAAAAACCUAUACAAAUUAUACAGGGAGUGUGACAAGUAUUGUUUGUGAUCCAGUUGAACCUUAUGUUGCUACUACUAGCUUGGACAGGUACUUGAGGGUACAUCAUAUGGAAACAAAGGAAUUAGUAUUUAAGCUCUAUAUGAAGCAAAGUUUGGCAAAACUAAUUGUUAAAGCUGUUAUUAAAGAUGAAGAGGAUACUGAACGGAAGAAAGAAGAUGUGGUUGACGAAGAGUAUGAAGAUUUGUUUAAAAAUAUGGAAGAAGUACAGAGCGAUAAAAAAAUAAAGAAAGGAAAGGAAAAAACGUUCAAUAUUCAGGAAGGUAAUGUAGAAACCCCUCCAAAAAAGAAAAGGAAGUCUUCUGAAAGGGUAGAAAAAAAGAAGAAAAAAAUAAAAGCGAAAAAUAAAUAAAAAAUUAUAUUUUUUAAUGAC